UAACGCUCUUUCUACACGCUCCCAAAGUAUUGAUUUACGAAAAAACAUUUCGGCGUCCCCAUUGCGCAUGCUCGCACAAAAGGGUACCAGAGGGCUGUGAAUCUCAAAUCUACUUAGUUUUUAUAUUUCAUGUAAAUAGUAGCCAAAUGAUAAACCCAAUAUUUUUACAAAAACAACGAAAAUCCUCCGACACAUUACGUUAAGUAGAAAUCAUAAGUUAGUAAACAGUGUCACAGAAAUGGGUAAUAUUCAGGGAAACGAAAAACAAAGUAAGACGGGCAAGUCACCAGCAAAAGGGCGGAAUUUUUUGAAAAACAGAAAAUCUCCAGGUAGGGACAGCAAGAAACAUGGAAGGAAAAAGAGCGGCGGGAAGCGAGGGGCCGCCGAUACGUUCGAUAAAACGCCCGAUUCCGAUAAUAUUGAAGUGGAAGCGUCAGAUAACGACACGCUCGAGUGCGCGUCGAAAACAGGAGGGAGCGCGGAAUCGGCGAGUCAGUCGGAGGUAACGGUGUCCAGGUGCGAGGAGCGGUCAGCGACCCGCGCGCGCUCGCCCUCCACGCCCGACUCAGUGCUCACGGACCCGCUGGCGCCGCUCGCCGCCGUCGAGCUCAACCAGUGCUACUACUCGGCCGAGAGCAGCGCGCACGACGACGCGCACACGCUCACACCCAUGCCGCACGACGACGCGACCUCCUUGCUCGACUUAGACAAAGAAGACAAAUCUGACGUGUUCGAUGACAGUGACAAGAGUGACAAUGUUAUGGGGUUGUCCGGCAGCCGCGGGGAGCGGCUGGAGAGGCUCACGCACGAGUGCGGGCACGAGUUCCGCGAGUUCCGGCUGAAGGCGACGCCGGCGCAGUCCUCGUUCACGGUAUCGCGGCACCGGAAAGUGGAGCUGCAGCCCGCGCCGCCCGUGCCCGACGCUGAGCCCGACCCCGCGCUGGCCGUGCUUGAUAAUGAAGAACGCCGAGCCGCCAGCGUGAGCGACGCGCUACCGGAGUCCAACGUGCUUCGGAAGGUGGCCUCGCUCACGCUAGACAAGCACUCCGAGCCGCGCGUGCAGCGUCCCAACUUCGUGCCGGAGAAGCUCAACUUCCAGCUCUAUGAGAAGUUUGAAGGGCUUAUGCUCCUCAACUGGUUCAUAUCAUCCGUCGCGGAGAACAGUUCCUUGAAAAACCUCCUGACCGCACAAGAUUUGAAGAACCUUGGAGUUCAAUACUGCACGCACCUGGUGGCCGCCGGGGUGCUCCGCCAGAUUCCAGAUAAGGAUGCGCCCACUGAAAAUAUUUUUAAGCCUAAUUUGAUGUACUACUGGGCCCACAUGGAAACCCCCGUCUCUCAGCCGAUCACCCCUGGCCGGCUGCACGUCUCCUGGCCAGACAAGGAUGUCUACAGCAUCACCCAAGAUCACAUCACAAACCUGCGCAAUGAAAAUCACAGAUUCAGCAACCAAAAUAACAACGAUGAAAUAGCGGAUAUCAGCGAAGCGAAAGCGGUCAUAGCGCAGCUCAGAAAUAGACUAAUAGAUUUAGAAUUACAAAUUGAGAAAUUAAAGUUAAGCGCUCAAAUUGAAACAAUCAACAAAAAUUUGGAGAAAUGUUUCGAGUUACCGGAUAAACUAAGCAAAUCAGUGGACAAAGAGAUACAAACUUCCAUCGAAACGCUUCCCGAACCUGUGAUAUCUUUACCCGCUAAUCAGUGUGUAAGAAGAGAUUUAGAUGUAAGUACUGUAGCUUGUAAUACUGAACCUAUUAACAAUAUUCAAAGUGAAGGAAGAUCUGAUAGUAUAGAAAAUUAUUGUAAGCUAAAUAAACUACGAGAUCAUGAAGCACUUAAAGAACCUGACAACGAAAGACUGGAUCAAAUUGAAGAGAAAGAUGUUAAAGAGACCCCUGAAAAAGCUUUGACAGAAUCCCUACACAGUAUAGGAAGCUCGGAAGCUUCAUUCUUUAGUAUUAAUAACGCCGAUUUAAUUACUAGUACACACGAAUGUUCCUCCGAUAUACUUAGUAAAGACAGUGAAUUAAAGGCUGCAAUAAACAUUCCAAUUACAGAAGUAUUAUAUAGAAAUAAUGAUAUUCAAGUUGAUACAAUGGCAUCAACGGAAACUAGCAAGUUGUCAUCAGAAAGCACGUGCAUUUCAUCAGACAGUGUCACUACGACAUCAGAACCGAGUACCCUAAAGGCAGUGCCACCCGCACCUCCUCUACCAGAGUCUUUGGAGCCCACAACAGACCCACCCCCCCUUACAUCUCCUGACGAAACUCAAAAAGCCUCGCCUGAAUCACAAGCUUCGAAACCAAGGUCUCCGGUGCCAUCAAAUGUAUCUCCUACAAUGGAUCUUUCCACCUCUAAAGAACCAACAGCUCCUAGUACUCCUCCAAGUAUUCCUUCACCCGGGAUGGGACCACCACCUCCACCAAUGCCUGAUUUGGUUCCCAUGCCUCCCCCAAUGCCAGCAACAUGUCCAUUACCCCCACCAAUGCCCGAUAUGGGGCCACCUCCGCCACCAAUGCCUGGAAUGGGGCCUCCUCCACCCCCAAUGCCUAGUAUGGGUCCCCCGCCCCCACCGAUGCCUGGAAUGGGGCCUCCACCACCUCCUAUGCCUGGAAUGGGGCCUCCACCACCUCCUAUGCCUGGAAUGGGGCCGCCACCCCCACCAAUGCCUGGUAUGUGGCCCCCACCCCCACCGAUGCCUGGAAUGGGGCCCCCACCCCCACCAAUGCCUGACAUGUUUCCUCCACCACCUCCAAUGCCCGGUAUGGGGCCGCCACCGCCCCCAAUGCCUGGAAUGGGGCCCCAACCCCCACCGAUGCCUGGAAUGGGGCCUCCACCACCUCCAAUGCCUGGUAUGGGGCCCCCACCCCCACCGAUGCCUGGAAUGGGGCCUCCACCACCUCCUAUGCCCGGCAUGGGGCCGCCACCCCCACCGAUGCCUGGUAUGGGGCCUCCACCCCCACCGAUGCCUGGAAUGGGGCUCCCACCCCCACCGAUGCCUGGAAUGGGGCCUCCAGCACCGGCUCCACCGCCGCCCGGCGCGGGCGCGCCGCCGCCGCCCCCGAGCUUGGGGCCUGCGCCGUUCCCUGCCCCUCCUGUAGGAGGCUGGACUAUGCAAAGAGCGACCUUAAGAAAGAUUCCCGUAAAGCCCGCAGCGCCAAUGAGGCCACUAUAUUGGACGCGCAUCCUCGCCCCCCCCGCGCCCCAGGCCUCCGGCGAAGCCCCCCAGGCCGCUCUGAAGCCCCUCUGGCUCGAAAUUGAAGAAACCAAUCUGGAUAACAUAGAUGAAUUCACUGAUCUGUUCUCAAGACAAGUUGUCAAAGCGCCUGUCAAAAAAAAAGUUGAAGUGAAAACGAAAAUUCAGCCGGUUAAGAUAUUAGAAAGUAAAAGGUCACAGAAUGUGGGGAUUUUGGCGCAGAGUUUGCAUGUUGAGUUUUCUGAGAUAGAGAAUGCCAUAUAUAAUUUUGAUACGUCCGUUGUGAGUUUGGAGGCGUUGCAGCAGAUCUAUGAAAUGAGAGCGACCGACGAAGAGCUAUCCCAGAUUAAACACCACCUGCGAACGAGGCCAGACACGCCACUGGACAAGCCCGAGGCGUUCCUGCACGACCUCAGCGGGAUACCCAACUUCGCGGAGAGGAUAUCCUGCUUCAUGUUUCAAGCUGAGUUUGAGGAUGCCGUCACCACCACCAUGCAUAAGCUGGAUAACUUGAAGCAUACUUGUGAGUUCUUGAUGACAAGCGAGGCGCUAAAGCGGGUGUUCGCGAUCAUCCUGACGCUAGGCAACUACAUGAAUGGCGGCAACGGCCAACGUGGCCAGGCCGACGGCUUCGGCCUCGAGAUACUCUCCAAACUCAAGGACGUCAAGUCGAAGCGCUCAACCGUGACUCUGCUGCACUUCAUCGUGCGCACGUACAUGCGCGCGGCCGGCGUGGGGACUCCCCUGCCCGUGCCCGAGCCGGGCGACGUGGCGCGCGCCGCGGCUAUAGACUUCGCAGACGUCGCCAAGUCGCUGGCCGAACUCACGCAACAGCUAGCCGCAUGCAAAGAGAAAACCAAGAAAGUUCUAGAAAAAACCGACGCACAACGGAGCCCCGAAGAAAACGACACUAAACGUAUAGACGUAUUCGAAGACAAGAUGGGCACCUUCCUCACCGCUGCCGAGGAGAAGUUGAAGACCGAACACGAGAAUCUAGAAGAAUGCCGAAGCAAAUUCUUUGCAACUGUCAAGUUUUACCAGUAUACCCCCAAAGUUGGCAAGUUAGAGGACUGUGAGCCGAAGGAAUUCUUUUCGCUGUGGACGAGUUUCUGCAGCGAUUUUAAGGAUAUUUAUAAGAAGGAGGAGCAGAUCGCUAUUAAAGAGAAACUAAAAGAAGCCAAGAAGCAUCAAGAAGAACGUAAAUCUCAAGCCAUCGUGCAACCGAAGAAAGAAGGCGGGUUGAAAGCGCGGCUACAGAAGAUUUCUAGCACCGCUAAGAAGUAAACAAAUUGUCAGAAGUGGCAU